GCGCGAGUUUUCUAAAAUAGUAAAUUCGGUAAAUUCCUUUUGGCUGCAAAGCGUGAAAAUUGCAAGCGUUUUAAGUCUAAAUAUUUAACCAUUUUUCAAAGAAAUCCACUAAAAAUUGAAAUUUUUUGACAAUUAAAAAGAUAUCAUACGAAAAAUGGAUAGAAAAAGUUCGGCCGCAAGUUCUGUGCCUUAUGAUACCAACGCUGGGGUAGAAUACUUGUUAUGUUUAGAAAUGGAGAAAAUUUCCGAGAAGCUCAAGCUUUUGGACUACGACAAAGAUUUCAUCUUGGCGUCAAAAAUACGGCCUUUACACAAGCAUUAUUUUGCAAUAGUUGCAAAUCCUGGAGAACAGUUUUUUGUUUUCACUUCUUUGUGCGCCUGGCUGAUUCGCAAGUGCGGAGGAAAAUUUGACCCUCCGCAAGAAUUCGACGAUCCAAACGCAUCAAUUGCAAAAAUACUUGACUUUCUAAGAUCAAUUAACGUUAUUAUUGAUUUUCCACCAAGCAAGCUGAAACAAGGAGUUGGAGAACAAGCUACGUACGUUUUAAAUAACCUGUGCGACCAAGCCAUAAAAGUCUCAAGAUUUGAAUACAAAAAGCCAUACGUUGUGGAGGACGAUGUUGUGGAAGAGGAAGUACACGAAGGCGACAUUGAGCUUAUUUUGGAAAAGGUUGAGAAUGAAAUGAUAGCUGAUUACUUGAGUGACGACGAAAAUGACGAGGAGCUCAUCAAAGUUGACGAUUUGAGCAGACAAUUAAACACCAAAGGCGUUGGAAGCUUUUACAGCCACGAAAAUGCUAUAAAACCAAAUUUCACAACAGAAAGCUGGAAAUUGGAGUUGGAAAGGGUUUUGUCUCAGCUCAAAGUAGUCGUCAAAACUGAUUCUCGGGAGUGGCGAUCGCACGUAGAGCAAAUGAAACAGUUCAAAAACACAAUUUCAAGUGCCUCGACAGCUAUUCAAGGGCAGCUGGAAUCUUUUCACAAACACGUAGGUCAAAACAUGGAAAAGAUCAACGCCAGGGAGAAAUUUCUCAACACCCAAUUAGAACCUCAUUUAGCUGAAUGCAGAAAAGCCAUGAAUGCUUUAGACACGACCAAGGUAAAAUUCAAGAUGCUCAACGAAGGCGUUACCGAAAAAACGAGGAUUUUAAAUCAUUUGUCCGACGAAUUGGAUACUUUGAAACAUCAAAUGCAAGAGAGAGGCGCUAGCAUGACGGAUGGAACACCUUUGGUUGCGCUGAAAAAAAAUUUGGCAAAAAUGAAGUCGGAAAUUGCAAUCAUGAACAUCGCGAUCGCCGAGUACGACAACAGCAUCAUCAACAACAAAGUUCGCGACAAGACGCUGAUGAUGCAGCUGGAGUUUGGCGCCGAUAUCGCAAUAACUUGAUCAAAUUUGCAUAAAAGCAACCAAAUCGUCAUUCAUAUCAUUUUUAUGUGCCGGUCAAUUUGAAUAAAUAAAAGAUGCAAGUAAGAAAAGCCGA